AUGCAGACUGCUUCUACAAACAUUUGUGAAUGAAUGGAUCGCUCUCAAGAACUCAGUGAAUUCAAGCGUGGGACCGUAAUAGGUUGCCACCUGUGCAAUAAGUCCAUCUGUGAAAUUUCCUUGCCACUAAAUAUUCCACAGUCAGCUAUUAUAACAAAGUGGAAGCAACUGAGAACAACAGCAACUCAGGCACAAAGCGCGAGGUCAGGGCAUGCUGAAGUGCACAGUGCGCAGAAGUCACCAACUGUCUGCAGAGUCAAUAGCUAAAGACCUUCAAACUUCAUGUGGCCUUCAGAUUAGCACAACAACAGUGCAUAGAGAGCUUCAUGGAAUGGGUUUCCAUGGCCAA